UCAUCCUCCUUCCCUCUCCCUCUCCCUCUCCCCUGCAUCCUUCAAUCUCACACCGCAUAAUUCUCUCUCUCUCUCUCUCUCCAGCAUUGUGCUUUCCCAUAAGUUUUCUCUCUCUAGAGUUCGCGUUCUCUCUCCAGCAUUCGUUUCUUGAACUUGUGUUUUUAGAUCAAAAUGGAAUUCGAGGACUGCUACCGGAUGGUUCAGAGACCAAAAUAUGACUGUCUUCUAUUUGAUUUAGAUGAUACUCUCUACCCACUUAGUUCUGGUUUGGCAUCUGAAUGUAGCAAGAACAUCAAAGAUUACAUGGUUGAAAAGCUUAGCAUAGACAAGAACAAAAUCCUCAAUUUGGGUAACUUACUGUACAAGAAUUAUGGGACAACAAUGGCAGGUCUUAGGGCAAUCGGCUAUGACUUUGACUAUGAUGAAUACCAUAGUUUUGUUCAUGGGAGAUUACCUUAUGAGAAUCUAAAACCAGACCCCAUUCUUAGAAAUCUUUUGCUCAGCUUGCCUAUUCGGAAAGUUAUCUUCACAAAUGCAGACAAGGUCCAUGCUGCUAAGGCUCUUAGUAGACUUGGGUUGGAAGACUGUUUUGAAGGGAUUAUCUGCUUUGAGACUCUGAAUCCCAUUCACAGGAGUGCCAUAUCUGAUGAUGAAGAUGAAAUUGAGUUCAUGGGCUCAACAUUAGCCUCUACUAGUCCCACCCAUAGCAAUGGAAUAUUUGACAUUAUUGGACAUUUUUCUCAACCUAAUCCUGAGUCAGGAUUACCAAAGACACCAAUUGUCUGUAAACCAUCAGAACACGCCAUUGAACGAGCUCUCAAGAUAGCCAACAUUAACCCCCUGAGAACACUAUUCUUUGAUGAUAGUGUCCGCAACAUACAAUCUGGAAAGCGUGUAGGUCUGCAUACCGUGCUGGUUGGCACUUCAAAUAGACCUAAAUGUGCGGAUUAUGCAUUAGAAAGCAUCCACAACAUCAAGGAAGCAUUGCCAGAACUUUGGGAUGGUGACAAGAUGUCAGAAGUCAGUUACCCUGGCAAAAUCACAGUGGAGACACCCGUGACAGCUUAAAACAAACUAAUGAGUCAACGAAGUUUCCUUUUGUAUAAAAAGGCAGCCCAAUGCACGAGACUUCCACUACUACAAAGUGUGGGAAGGAUCAGAAUAUUCGAAUUUACCGCCACACGUGAAGAGGCUGUUUCCAUGAUUCAAACCGAUGUUUACUUCUACAACGGGGAAAAUCAAGUUCAUGGGAUUGUCAUCCCCAGUUUGUGUCGUAUCAUUGAAUGAUGUAGAUGUUCAUUGUGAUUAGUAAUCAAUUAAAAAUUUAGUCUUGCACAAACCGUGUUUAUUAAUCAAUUAAAAAUUUAGUCUUGCAUAAAUCGUGUAAAUUACCUUGUUUUUUUACUCUCAGUAGUCAUGAUCAUUUGUGAUGUAUAAUAAUCAGGAAAUUGUGCUGCAACGCAUGCCAAUCACAUGACACAUUUGUAUAAUGACUUGCUGAUGCGCGUGAUAAUAAAAUUGUUUAGAUUAUUGGUGUAUCAA